UGCUCUCACACUCCCGCCACUCUCUCCACUGGUCCAAGGCCAAAACCAAACGAAAUCAGGAGGAGCUCAAGCAGAGCACAAAGUGGAGGAUAGCCUGCAGCCGUGAGGAGAUCCUUCACCUCGAGAGAGCGGGGAAGGGUCAUGGCGGACUGGGCGCCGGUGUUCAUCGGCCUGGUGCUGUUCAUCCUGCUCUCCCCGGGGCUGCUGUUCCAGAUCCCCGGCAAGGGCCGGAUCGUCGAGUUCGGCAAUUUCCAGACCAGCGGCCUCUCCAUCCUUGUCCACGCCGUCAUCUACUUCGCCCUCAUCGCCAUCUUCCUCCUCGCCGUUGGCGUCCACAUGUACCUCGGCUAGUCAACAAGCGGCGGCCGGCCUCCUCUCUGACCGGCCAGCUUAGGUACCGUGGUGGAAGGUAGCAUGGUAUACUAGUAUGGGGGAUCAAUGUGAUAUCAUUAUGUUCAUUAGGAUCCAUGGCCACAAGUAUGGAGCUCUACUUCUUCUUCCUCCUACUCUUCCUCUCUUCUUCUUCCAUACCUAAAAUUGAAGAGAUACUUAGGGGCUCCCUGGUACGUCCUCCCCGUGGAUCUGCCCCACCCCGGUUACUAUUUCUUCAAAUAGUCUUAUGUACACUGCUUCUCGUGAUGAUGGUCAUAAUCUUUCAUGUCUCUUAUUAGCA